AUGACCCAGCCAACAGGAAUUGGUUUUCGACAACGAUUCUUCGACCUUAGACGACGGACAGCACACGAUGCACCGUCGAUGCCAUUGAAUACGGAAAAUCAUGGUCAAGAUCGUCCAUUGUUCUAUGUUGAUAAACCGUUAAUUGACAGAAUUUGUAAACAAAUAGAUCGCAUUAGAAAAUACUGCCAAUCACCAAAGAUGCGUCUGAAAACGUCGUCGCCCUGUAUACUUGAUAUUUUACCAGAAUUCGGUCAAACUUUUCGCGAAAUUCUGGCAAAUUACAAAGAUCGAUUUCAUAUAUUAAAUGAUAUUCAGUAUUUCUGUAUAUUUGUUGGCAAUCUUAAUGAAUUGUGUGCUAAAACGGUCGAGUGUUUCAAGCGCGCUGGGCAUCAAAUGCAUAAAGAACAAUCUAGUUUCCGAAGAGAACUCAAUAAGCUAUCACUGUACUUUUCGCACACUCUAACUGAGCUAAAAGCUCUGUUUAUCAAUGGAACCUAUCAAGGAGAACAAUUUCGAUUAACAAAGCCAGAAGCAACGGACUUCUGGAAGCACAAUUUCCAAGAAAAAACCAUUGUAUCGUGGGAAGAAUUUCAAGAGAAACUCAAUUUUGUUCAUCCAGUAGGAUCACUGAAUGAAUCAACAGCUUUACAAAAGACAAUCGACUUAACCAAUGAUAAUUACAUAUCAAUAUUUGAGUUCGACGUUUUCACACGAUUAUUUCAUCCAUGGUCAUCACUUUUGACGAAUUGGAAACUACUGACAAUUUGUCAUCCUGCUUUUAUGGCUUUCAAGACCUACGACGACGUGCAAGAAAUCCUUACGAAUCAUCUUGAAAAACCAGGUAGCUAUGUAUUUCGACUGAGUUGUACACAUUUGGGUCAAUGGGCAAUUGGGUAUGUCACGAUGAAUAAUGAGAUCCGUCAAACUAUUCCUAGCACAAAAUCACUGGUUCAAUCAUUAAUCGACGGAGAACAAACAGGGCAUUACAAAUAUCCGAAUGGAGAGAACAAUCGCAUAGAUUUAUCUGCUGCUUUGGGAACAACGCAGUCUGAUCGUAUUUACGUAUCCGAAGAACAAUUCUCAUUGUACAGUAGUAUGGGUACAACUUUUGAACUGUGUAAAAUCUGUUCAGUUAAUGAUAAGAAUAUUAAAAUUCAACCGUGUGGUCAUUUAAUGUGUCGAAGUUGUCUGACAGCAUGGCAGAAGCAAAGCAAAAGUAAAUCAGCACCAUUGUGUCCUUUCUGUCGAGCAGGAAUCAAAGGUUUUGAACCAAUUGUUGUCAGUACGUUUGAUCGUUCGAUUAAACAUAACAGACAACAAUCAAAUCCAAUUGAAUUCGAUGAUCAAAGAGCCGAUACUAAUCCUCAGGUUCAGAGUUUACAACCACUGGCUAUUGCAAGUCUAGUAAACUAUGAGAAUAUUGCUAGUGUAGACUCGUCUGUAGAAGACCUGUCUUUUUCUCCACCACCGAUUCCAGCUCGAUUAGUGAAUACCAAUCAAGCAACACCGCAACAUCAUCUACAAGCUAUUUCUCCACAAUUAUUACAUAAUAAUUAUCUCCUUGGAACGCAAUCGCUACCAACAAAUCAAGAAGCAUUGUCGUCAAACGAAAGUCUUAGUAGUUCAUCAGAUCAAAUUUCGGCCGUAUCGGACAAUUGUUGGAAUUCAGAAAAUAACAUGAUAAGUCUUUCCACGUGCACUGACACUGAUACCAUUGCCCAAAUUCAGUCCAUCGAUGAUAUACGUGAUCGAUUACAUUCUGACUAUGACUUCGAUCCUAUACGUAUUGAUGCAGCAUUAGUACUAACUGAAGGUUUUCCAUUAUCACAGCAAUAUGAAAUGUCGAAACUAUUUCUUGAACAUGUCAAACGUGCUGAAGAAGAAUUUACCAAUCCGAGUGAUACUUUUUAG